AUGGAGCAGUUUAACGGAGAAGUCGCUAGUCGCUUGCUAAGACACAGGAGAAAAUUCAUCGGCUCUGGGGCGUAUGGAGUAGUUGCUUUAGUGGAGUGGCGGAGAGAGCCUGUAGCUCUUAAAAUAUCGAGGUCUUCUUUGUUUUCCAAAUCUUUCAGCAGGGAAGCCGACAUUUUGGCGUUACUGAAGGGUGCAGGUGGCGCGCCCUUGCUGCUGGGUGUGGCAGUUAAUCCUUUCGCUCUCCUGAUCACCUACAAGGGUAGUCAGACACUUCAGAAUUUGUUUAACGACCCAGAAUACAACUUAAUCGACCUCGGAUUACAGGUUGGGAGAAAAUUACUUGAAAUCCACAAGGCGGGUAUCGUACAUAACGAUAUUAAGGGUAGUAAUAUUAUGGUCCAAGGCCCGCCUCAUAAUCCAGAAAUCAGUAUAAUUGAUUUUGGAAUGGCCUGCAAGACAGAUGAAAGCGUCUUGCUGUUUGGGGAUCCAAAUGUUAGCACGAUACACGCCCCCGAAAUGAUUGAGCGAGGAUGUAGUAGCUUUGCGUCUGAUGUUUUCUCCUACGGUGUACUGAUGUUGCAGAUCCUGAACGCGUCGCCCACGACUAUGACUCUCCCAUUGACAAACCCAUCAAUAGGAGAGGUAAUAGAGGAAGCUAUGCACCCCAACCCUCAGUGUCGUCCCUCACUCCCUGAUCUUCUGCGUCGUCUACAGGAGAACAUGAACAAAAACUCUUCAUCAGAGCUACAGGAUGGUGUCGACCUUCAACGCAAUAUGGAUGGAAAUCAACACCCUGCUCAGCGCUGUGGGACUCCUGGUACACAGAUGGGCACUCCUCACAAGGUCAUGAAACAAAGCCAACGUCUAAAUAAGAACUGCGUUCUUAUCUAG